AAUAUUGAGAAAAGUCACGAGUGACGACUUGAGUUGAAAACAAGUUAGAGAGAGAGAGAGAGAGAGAGAGAGUGAAGUGAAGAGAAUGGCGAGAACUUCUUCUUCUUCUUCUCCUUCUUCUUCUUCUUCCAUCACCAAGGAUGCACAAGACCUUCUCCGUGCACUUUGGUCUGCAUAUUCCGCUACACCUACAAAUCUCAAGAUCAUCGAUCUCUAUGUCGCUUUCGCUGUUUUCACCGCACUCCUUCAGGUAGUUUACAUGGCUCUGGUUGGAACAUUUCCAUUUAACUCCUUCCUUUCUGGAGUACUCUCUUGUGUGGGGACCGCAGUUUUGGCCGUUUGUCUCCGGAUCCAAGUCAAUAAAGAGAACAAGGAAUUCAAGGAUCUUGCGCCUGAGCGUGCUUUUGCUGAUUUUGUUCUCUGCAAUGUGGUGCUUCAUUUGGUGAUCAUCAACUUCCUCGGUUAAAUUGGUUUGGUGUGGUUUUGUUGUUUCGAAGAGAAAGAUAAUCAUGGGAUGAUAAAAAUCCAAUAGUAUUGUAUUUUUGGGGAUUUUGUUUUGAACAUAGAAAUGCUAAAUAUUUUGUUAUCUUUUAAAACUACCAUUUUAAUGAUGAAUUACAGAAGGUGAACAUGGAUAUCUCAA